AUGAAAUGUUUAUUCAUCUACUUCCUACUCGGAUUUAUCUCGUUAGGCAUCGGCUUCGGCAUCAUGUUCCUUCAUCCCUACGACAUCAUAUUUAGAUGGAAAGUUAUAUUAUCAAACCAAGGAGAAAUCUAUGAUAUGUGGAGGAAACCAGAAGUGAAGCUUUACACCAGGGUAUUUCUAUUCAACGUGACCAAUUCUGAGGAAUAUAUGAGUGGGAAAGAUAGCAAGAUCAAACUGAAGGAAAUCGGCCCGUAUGUUUAUCGUGAGGUUCUAGAACACAGUAAUGUCACAUUCAACGAUAACGGCACAUUAUCCGCUAUUCCUAAUCAUCCUCUCGUCUGGGAAGAAGAACUUUCUAUGGGGAAUAAGGAAGACGAUAUCGUGAUUUUACCACAUAUUGCUUUAUUGUCCAUCGCAAACGUCGUUUCCCAGCAAAGUUUUGUAACACGCUUCGCUCUGAAUAACCUCAUAGGCCUAACUGACUCCCAGCCUCUGGCCAAGAUGACUGCCAAGGAGUUCAUGAUGGGAUACAAAUCUGAGCUGAUGACGCUUGGCAAUACCUUCUUGCCUGGUUGGAUUACCUUUGACAAACUUGGCCUUAUUGAUCGGAUGUACAACUUUAAGGGUGAUUUUGAGACGAUUUUCACUGGAGAAGAUGAUAUUUCCCUUGCUGGUCUCAUAGAUACGUAUAGAGGGUCUACUGAUCUUCCACAAUGGGAUGGUAAACAUUGCUCUAAUGUUCAAUACGCGUCUGAUGGGACAAAGUUCAAAGGAGAAGUAAAAAAGAAUGAGACGAUUAUCUUCUACAGAAAGAGUCUAUGUCGCGCUGCGCCUUUGAUUCCAGUAGGUGAAGGCGUGAAAAAUGGAAUUACUGGAUAUAAAUACACGUUUCCGGAACAUAUGCUUGAUAAUGGAAAGAUUAUUAAAGAGAACAAAUGUUUUUGUAGACAUGGUAAUUGUCUUCCUGAAGGUUUGAUAGAUGUAACAGAUUGUUACUAUGGAUUCCCUAUUGCACUCUCCUAUCCUCAUUUCUACAAAGGAGACGAGAUCCUUUCCAGCAAAGUUGAGGGUUUGACUCCUAAUAAAGAGGAACAUGAGACCAGCUUUUGGAUAGAACCAUUUUCAGGUCUUCCAUUGGAUGUCAGUUCCAAGUUCCAAAUUAACAUGGCUCUGGGCGAUAUAUCCGGUAUUAAAAACACUGAACGCUUCGCCAACAUGUAUCUACCUCUGCUAUGGUUUGAUAUUAGAAUGUACACGCUUCCAACAUCGAUGGAAAUCAAGUUUAGAUUCUACUUAAAUGUGUUACCUAUCAUUGAAAAAGGCCUUAUGUACCUGAGUUUUAUUGCUGGAACGGUUUUGAUCCUGGUCACAUCGUAUAUUUUAACAUUCAAGGUCAUGUUCAAAAACUAUGACAAAAAUAAUUUCAAAUCUAAUGUAUGGCUAGAUAAGGGUAAACAUGUAAACAAACAUGUGAUAAACAAAGAUGGUGUGUAUACACCAUGUGAAAUGCCAUUAUCAUCUGAUACGGAGAAUGAGAAAGCCGAUGAAAGACUUAUAGAAAGUGAAAAUGAUGAAAGUAAUAACGAAAAGGAGAAAGAGAGUUUUUUCAACACUGACAGAAUAAAGGAGUUCACACACAAACUAUUUGAUGUUGAUAGAAGAGAUUCUCUUAUAAACACCGAUAAGACUAACGAUGAAACCAAUGAAGCCUAUAAAAGUGACUCAAGUGAUAGCGGUAAAAUAGGAAAGUCAGAAUAUUUAGAAGUCUUAGACGAUGGUAGCGACUUCGAUUAUUAUGUUGAUAGAUCUAAACAAAGAGAUGCGUAUAUAGAUGUUGAA